AUGAAGAGCUUUGUUGAGAUAUGGCGCUCCUAUACAUACGAGGAGCGACGGAACAUUGCCUUCUACAUUGGUGGGAUCAUGUUGUACAAGACAGGGCUUGAAUUCUUCAAUGGGUCAAUAACAACACUAGCUACGGAUAGGUUUGCCCAAGCAGAUACAUUCACUAAGCUUGGUGCUGCUCAAGGUGUGAAUCAAGCAGCCCAAUGUGUCGGUGCUAUCCUCAUCGCCCCCCUCAUCGUGCGGUUUCCUACGAGAACCGUUCUCGGAGUCUCGGUCCUGUUCUUCAGUCUCAUGACGAUGGUUCUGUUAGUUGUGGAUGCCGCUACCGGUGGGAAGAUACGCGAGUCCGCUAGUAGUCCGACACAUUACGGGACCUGGAAUCCAAAUGCGAUAUUCAUAAUAUGGACGCUCAGCGGUGUCGCAUACGGAAUGGUGGAACUAAUACGUCGAGUCAUCCCGUGUGAUAUCGUCGGAGGCGACGUGGGUAAACUGAGGCGUAUGGAUGCGACGGUGCACAUCUUCUACGAAGUUACCGGUACCGUCGCUGCUUUUGCUUCAUCUUCUGCCAUCAGUCGGUUUGGAAAUAACUACAGUUUCUUUUUGAGCCCCGUGUUCUUCGCUCUGGCGGGCAUGGUAUGGUUUUUUGUUUCCGUGCUCAACUACUCGCCCUAUGGUUCGCAAGAGGAAUACGGACUGGAUGAAGUCGAUCGGCCGAAACGAAGCAAGAACUAUUUAGUUCAAGUCUAUCGCGGGAUCUCUGGAUUUGGAGAGUCCAUAUGGGUCGGAACUAUGAUGGUACUUGGUAACAGGAGGUUUAUAUGGCUGGUUCCUGGAUACGCAUUGGCACUAUAUCUCCAUCGGUUUCUUGAGAACGCCCUUGCUCCAGCCUUUGCGAAACGUGCUCUAGGAGUCAGUGCCUGGAGUCAAAUAAUCGUCGGGGGCUCAAAUUUCGGAGAACUGCUCGGAGCUCUUUCUGUCUUUCUGCUUUCAGAUGUGGUAACCACGCCGAUCCCAUGGCUUCGUCUCGAUGCGCUUAUGCUCAACAUCGUUUGGGUGCUUCCUUAUUUCACCACCAUUACUGGACACACCGUAGACUGGGCAUGGCGACUAGCUGGGAUAUUUAUUCCUAUAUCGAUGAGUUGGGCUGCAGGAGAUGUAUCAUUAUCUGCUUAUAUCCAGGCUGCGCUCUCCACCGGCGACGCUUCUUUGGCAGAUAAAUAUCCGGGUGUAUCCCAUCUAGGCGCCGUCAUGGCAUUCCUGUACUCGACAUACAUCACCCUUUAUGCGGUGCUAAGCUCUGUCUUGGGCGAUGUCAUUGACCACGACUUUUCUGCAACCGGUAAUAUCAAGAAUUCUCUGCGACGUGUCGCGGGGAUACAAUACAGUAUAUGCUGUUGUAUUAUCAUGAUAGCUACCUUCAUUCCGAAGGGCGCCUUUUCUGUCAAUCCCAAAAUGAUCAAUGGUGUGCGUCACGAUGGCUUUGACCAUCAAGAGGAUGAAUCUUUAAAGAAUUUCGAGACGCGGACGCGGACGGAUGACGAGAGUGUUAGCGUCGUUGCAGUUUAA